AUGGGCCGUGGUCUAUGCACCCAAGGCCGUCUCCUCUCUCAGGGGAGCGAGACGCAGACGGCGGUCCUCUCCCAGGUGGGCUGGUGGGCCAAAGGGAAUACGCGCGGCUCCUGUGCGCGCCGGCGGUCCAGCCAGGCUGACUGCCCAGCCCCAAGCGCUCUCGUCGUAAUGCUGUACGCAGCCGUACUAUACAACUCGUGGGUGUCGGUGUUUAGCAUGUAUCACGUCUACUUUCUUGGGUGGCAGGAACAAUUUCGGGCGGCCAAUUACCGCAGCGCCUCUAGACCGCUUGGGCCGCUGACUGAAGCACCCGUCCCAGCCCUUCAACUGCAACACGGACACACGGCACCAGCACCGCCUGUCGCCCGUCACCGCUGCUGCUGCUGCUGCUGCUGCCACAUUAGCUCGCGGCAGAACAUGUCAACGUUAUGCCAUCCGGCAUUCUGCGGCACGACAAGUCUGGUCAAUGACCCCAUCCGUGCAUUCGGCACCAACGGAUGA